AGCCCAGCCCGUGAACAAGGGCAAUAGAAAUAUAGGAAACCCUUUUUCUGAUGGUUUGAGGUUUAAGCUUGAGACAGAGAGAAGAAGAGCCGCAGUGCCGCCGCGCCAAUCUACUCAGAGCAGCAAUCGUUCUCUGAAUCUCUGCCUUCAACAUGUCUCUUGUGGCGAACGAGGAUUUCCAGCACAUUCUGCGUGUGUUGAAUACCAACGUUGAUGGGAAACAGAAGAUCAUGUUUGCUCUGACCUCCAUCAAGGGUAUUGGAAGGAGAUUCGCCAACAUCUGUUGCAAGAAGGCUGAUGUCGACAUGAACAAGAGAGCUGGUGAGUUGAGUGCUGCGGAAUUGGACAAUGUGAUGACUGUUGUUGCCAAUCCUAAGCAAUUCAAGAUCCCAGAUUGGUUCCUCAACAGGAAGAAGGACUACAAGGAUGGCAAGUACCAUCAGGUUGUCUCCAAUGCCCUCGACAUGAAGCUCAGGGAUGAUUUGGAGAGGCUCAAGAAAAUCAGGAAUCAUCGAGGUUUGAGACACUACUGGGGUCUUCGAGUGCGUGGCCAGCAUACCAAGACUACUGGUCGUAGGGGUAAAACGGUUGGUGUCUCAAAGAAGCGCUGAGUUCUCAUUUCCUAUAUUUUUCUUUCUUUUUGUUUCGGAAGAGUGAGAUGUGUUGUUUGGACAAAAUUUUAUUUUGAUAAUGCAUCCGGAUUUUGUUGAAAUUGAAUGUGGAUUGUGGUCAGGUUUGUUGAUGUGAUUUCUAUAUAGACGUGUUGUUUUUAAA